AUGACCUCCAUUGGAUUUCCUUCCACUCCACCCUCAAUCCGCAGCCGCUUUGGCCGCGGACCGAAGACGUCGCCAGCCUCAUCCUCCGGCGCAUCAACGCAGGGGUCCCCUGUCUCCUCGGCAUCGUCCUCGAGUCAAUCCGCAGCAACUCUGUCGGUCGCCUCAGAUGAAGCUCCUUUUCCAAGGACUGACUGGACGGGGCAGCCCCCCUGCCUCCUCGCCAUCGCGCGCAAGUCAUCACGAUCGCUGGACCGCAUCGAAUACGCGGCUCGUGUAGCGUCACAGGGGUGGAAGCUCCUCGCAGACCGCGGCCGACUUGAGUACGUCAACCCGGUCAUGUACAAGUUGGCCGUCCUAGACAAGGUGUUCGAACUGAACGCUGUGCCUGCCGAGAAGAGACUUUCAGCUUUCGACGAGCAGGUCCUCCGUCGCUUCCUGAUCCGAACGAAGGACUAUGGGUUUCGAAGCUGGGAUGACGCGUGGGGCGAGAUGCCAAAAGGCUAUCUGCCCAAGUUUGAUUUCACCGAGCUGGGACGAUACGACCCUGCCCGAGAGGAUUGCCCGGGACAAAUCCCAGUUCAGCCCGUUCCGGAGCACUCGCGGUACCUCCACUUAGAUGACCCAGAGUACGAAGCGGAGCAGCGGGGCGAGGUCAUUGCUGUGGCUGAGAGACCUACGGGCCCCAUUGUCACCGUCAAGAUCUGGGAACACCUCGACAUGAUCGAAACCGCGAUGCUCUACCAACUGUCCGCCUUCGUGGCACUCCACGACUUCUACCUGGAGCUCGACCUCCCCUCCGCCUCAACAGCGGUCACCUCCGCCGGUGCUAUCAGCGGUGUGGUCUUUCUGAUCUUAUACUGGACCAGGGACCUCGACAGGAUCCUGUUUCUGGCUGUUCUUGACCUGCACCAGGUCACAAUCCCGGCGCAGGUCACCAGCGUUGAGAAAUGUGCGGAGAAGCCCAUCGUCAGUGAUCUUAUGCGGCGGCUCCGCCGCGUCGUAAUCACCGCCAUGACGCUCGAGCAGGAGUUUUCGGGGAUCAGACUCGCCAAGAGAAGGCUCAUCGCCUCCUUCAAGGUACCGGGACUUCGCCUUCUUCUAGGUUCAACCGGCCGAGGUUUUGUGUGGAUGCGCGAAAUCCUCCUACGCCUCGUGUACAACCUGUAUUCCCUUGUGUGGCCGUCCGGCUUUCUGUUCGCCGCCAACGACCAGGACAAUAUCGACUACGAGUCGACCUUGGUGUGCAUAUUCUGUGGCGACGGCCCCGGACGUGUCCCUCUUCCUCGGCCCGAUCUUCACCUCCGCGACCUUCAAGGGCGACCGCUGCUCUUCGUGGAGCUCAAGCGAGAGGCGAGGCUAACAGUUGGCGCCGCGAAGAAGCUUGCCGUCGUCCUGUCGGAUCCCGAUGCCGUGAUCAACGUCUUUUAUAACCCCAACGGGCCGUCGGACAUCAUCGGUUACGCGGGUCAUUACGUGCCAAAAACGUGUGCCCGUGUCGUCCUCGAAGCCGCAGCUUACAGCGAGAAGAGGGGUCUUCCCUUCACUAUCGUCUGGUCCGGCUGCGUUGGGUUCUUCUUGUAUUUGGACGUCAACGAGGAGGUCGCGACGCUCAGAGUGAGCAGGCCUUUCGGCUCGCCUGAGCCCGGUAUGAUGAAGGGUUCUAUUGUGACCCACUUCAUUGGGGCCGCCAUGCUGAACAUGGAGGCGGUCGAGUACCCCACUUGA